UGUUUAAGCACAUAGAGAAACUUAAAAUUCCAUAAUAUCCCACAACUUUACUAGUGAGAUUUCGCAUCUUUAACGAAGGUUUAACGUCGAACAUGAGUGGCCAGAACAAACCUUCAACCCUGAUAAAAUUUUUGACUAUCAAACAUCACGAAUAGUCUGGCAUUCACUUUUCCAGCUUAUUUGGCUACUUGUGACUUAAUCACCUUCGAACAAGAAGGAACGAACCUAAAGCUUUUGACAAAAGCAUUUACAUACAUAUAUGCACAUAUGUACACUGGAAGCUUGAAAAGCUUUUAGUUAUUGCAUGUAUAAGGAAAAACCAAUACGGACUUCUUUUUUCUGUGAUUGUUCCACCAUUGAAUUAUAAAUACAUAUGAAUGUAAGAAGUAAAAUUAACACAUUUUUAAUCGAAUACGAACAAAAAUUCAUCGAGUGUAUUAAAUAUAAAAAGCUAAACUCAAUAAAAGGUGUAUUAAAUCUGUAUAUUGGUUUUGAAAUAUGUGAAGAAGGGAAAAUAUUGAUUUUGUUGAUUCUUGCCUUAGUAAAAUUUAUCAAUUCAGUAGCUCGACUUAUAUUUGAACGUACGUUGUUGCAAAUAUAAAUUGCUAUGGCAGCUACAGGAACUUAUAACCAUAGUGCAUUGCUACAGAAACAAAGGUCCUUUGGGGCCAGUUACAUAUCAAAACCCGAUGAAAGUGUACUUGUCGAAGGCAGUACCAUAAAUAACUCAACAAAACAAAAGAAUGAAACUUUGGGCUGGAUUUGUUGCGCUCCUUGCAUUUGGUUACGCACGUCUACAACAGUUCACAAAAUCGCGAUAACGGCAGCAACUUUCUUGGUAACUUCUUUGUUGGUAGCGUCCCCGAUUUUAUUUUUAAUAAGUACUGCUCCUUCGCGUCUUCCAAGGGAAUGUUUUUCUACUGAUGAUGAAUGUAAUCCCACACCGUCUCCAACGCCAGAAUGUUCAGAAACUAUUUGUAAACUCGUUUCUACAAAUAUUCAAGCUAAAGUUAAUUGGAAUUUGGAUCCUUGUUCAGAUUUUAAAAACUUUUGCUGCUCACACAAUCUUCGUAGUGAAAGUACAUUAGCAUUGCAAAGCAUUCAAGGAGCUGUUGAUAUUCAGAUGCAAAUUAAUGCGAUGAUACAAAAUGCCCACAUAUUGAGAUUUCACAACUUGAAUGUAGGUUUGACGUUGAAUAUGAAUGGCAGUCUGACCAAAACAUCGGUCAGUCAAAACUGGUGAAACUUUCUACACUUUUAACUUGUGCUUGGAAACUACAAAGCAAAAAAUUUUCAUGGAAAAAUUAGCCGAAAAAACAACAA